AUGAACCAACUGCCAAACCGUCCCAAGCUUGGCUCCCUCCUUGCGCAGAGAAGACCCAUCAUCAAUCUCUCUAAGCCUUUCCGAAGUUUAGUUUACGAUGGCUGCGAAAUGGCUUCGGUGGACAAGUCCGAGAUUCUUCCUUGGACUGAAUUCACAUUUUUCAACAUCCUGGAGGCAUACGGCGAUAUUCUAGAUUAUCCUGCAACCUGCAGCCCAUCGGGUGUGGUGCCAGUGGACAAUUUCGAGAAUCAUUGCACGAUGGCACAUGCUUGUAUGGCGGAGUUCGUUUUGCCCUCCCCAACUUGGAAGGAAGCCAUCUGUUUGGGCAAACACGUCAUCGGUGACAGGCUGAAAACAGAACCGGUUCUGAGAUGUAUAGAAGCGACACAUCUAAGGAGGAUACUCCCUAAGCAUGCUCAAGCUUUGGAUUUCGGCAACGAGGAUCACGUUUUGGUCAUCUUUAACGAAGAAUCACAAGGCAAUAACCCCUUCCAUGCUACCGCCAUCGUCGUACCCUCCUGCACUUGGGAGUCAGGCUCCCUCAUCAACGCAAAUCGUAACAACCAACCCAACAUUGGUCCUAUCGAACAAUUGGCUGCCUGUGCCAAAAAAACAAAUACUUGUUUCUCGUUUAUCCUGGGAGAUAGAGAGAUCGUCGCCCUGCAAUUCUUCAAGGCCAAAGCUGGGAAAAUGGGAGUGUACUAG